AAUUAAAUGGUAUUAGAAUUUGUGUUUGAUGUAGGAGACCUCGAUUGAGUCGUAGAACGAUCCCCAUUUUGAAACAAAUAUUAAGUUAAGGUUUCAGUCGGAGGGAAACAUUGGCGACCGCCAUUAAUCCGAACUCCAGAUCCCCAUGAAACUGAGAGGUGAGCCCUACACCUUCCUGAACAUGAUCUCCAUCCAAUCUCACCACCAUCAAUUGGCUUUUCUGGCGGCCCUCCUCUCCGCCACCGCCUGGUGCUUCUACAAGUCCACAACCCUCAGAACACAAAGGAGAGAAUCAACAAACCUACUGCACUCUUCCCACCUCGAUCAUUAUAAGAAACCUAAGAACCAGCAGCUUAAAUGCUCGUCUUCGUCGUCCUGCAACUGCAGCACCUCACGAGAGCAACCAGACAAUUCUUGCUGCAGGAGUGCUAAGAUAUUCUUUGCUUCUGAAACCGGAACUUCGGAGGGCCUGGCGCGCCGCCUCCUCCAAACCCUAAAUGCCUCCUCCAAACAACUCAUGUGUUCAUUUGAGCUCGUGGAUCCGAGCAGGUACGAGCCCGAGGAUUUGCCCAAAGAAAACCUGGUUGUGAUUGUGGCCUCGACUUGGGAAGAUGGGAAGCCCCCCAGGAACUCGCAAUUCCUUGCUCAAUGGCUCCACGAGAGCUCCAACGAUUUUAGGGUUGGCUCCACCCUCCUCACCUCCUGCAAGUUCGCUGUCUAUGGGGUCGGGAGCAGCUCCUAUGGCCCCAAAACCUUCAAUAAGGUGGCUAGGGUUUUCUCUCACCAAAUGGAGGCACUCGGUGCGAUUGAGAUCCUGCCCCUUUGCAAAGGGGAUGUGGAUACUGGUGAUUUGGAUCAAUCCUUCAAUCACUGGUGCAUCCAAAUUAUAGACAGAUUGUCAGGACUUGGGGAUCGGUUAUCCUCCUCAAAUUUGAGGUCAAUUGAGGUGGCUUCUUCUUCCAAAGGAGAAGAUGAAGAGGAAAAGGCAUCUGAUGGUAUUGAAGAAGAUUCAGAUGAUGAUAAAGAGAAUAAUGCAUCCGAUGGUUUUGAAGAAGAUUCAGAUGAUGAUAAAGAGAAUAAUGAUGGUGAAUCAGUUGUUGAUUUGGAAGAUAUAGCAGGCAAAGGUCCAUCAAGGGAACCUCCACAAAAUGGCAAGGUUGGAAGGAGGAGGAAAUCUUUUGGAAAGACACAGGCUGAUGUUAAGCCACUUUCUUCGAUGAAUAGAGUAGAGAAUGGCGAGAGAAGGGAGAUGGUGACGCCCGUUAUUAGGGCUAACUUAGAGAAGCAGGGGUAUAAGAUCAUUGGUUCCCAUAGUGGUGUGAAGAUUUGCAGAUGGACCAAGUCGCAACUGCGGGGACGUGGUGGUUGUUACAAGCACUCCUUCUAUGGUAUAGAGAGCCACAGGUGCAUGGAGGCAACCCCCAGCCUAGCUUGUGCUAAUAAAUGUGUGUUUUGUUGGAGGCACCAUACUAAUCCUGUUGGGAAGAGUUGGCAGUGGAAGUUAGAUGAUCCUCUAGAAAUUGUAAAUGCUGCAAUCGACGAGCACACAAAGAUGAUUAAGCAAAUGAAAGGAGUUCCAGGAGUGACUACGGAGCGUCUGUUUGAAGGUCUUUCACCUAGGCAUUGUGCCCUUUCCCUUGUUGGUGAGCCUAUCAUGUACCCAGAGAUCAAUGCCCUCAUUGAUGAACUGCACAAGCGACGGAUUUCUACAUUUCUUGUAACAAAUGCUCAGUUUCCAGAAAGAAUUAGAAUUCUUAAACCUGUUACUCAGUUGUAUGUGAGUGUAGAUGCUGCAACAAAAGAGAGCUUGAAGGCAAUAGACAGACCUCUCUUUGGGGAUUUCUGGGAGCGAUUCACUGAUUCAUUGAGGGCACUUCGUGAGAAGGAGCAGAGAACUGUGUACCGCUUGACUUUGGUCAAAGGAUGGAAUGCCGAGGACAUAGAUUCAUACUAUGAGUUGUUCAGCGUUGGAAAGCCAGACUUUGUUGAAAUUAAGGGUGUUACCUACUGUGGCUCGUCUGCAACCUCCAAACUGACCAUGGAGAAUGUACCCUGGCAUUCGGAUGUGAAAGCCUUUUCUGAGGCUUUGGCCUCGAAGAGUGGCAGCGAAUAUGAGAUUGCCUGCGAACAUGCCCAUUCUUGUUGUGUACUCCUGGCAAGAGCUGACAAGUUCAAAGUUAAUGGCCAGUGGUUCACUUGGAUUGACUAUGAAAGGUUCCAUGACUUGGUGGCUUCAGGUGUACCCUUUGGUGGUAAGGAUUACAUGGCAGCCACACCCUCCUGGGCUGUUUAUGGUGCUGAGGAAGGUGGGUUUGAUCCAGAUCAGGCCCGUUAUAAAAAAGAGCGACGACAUGGAAGUUGUAAUGGUCAAAACCGUCAGCCUAUAAGCUAAUGCAGCGUGAGUGCUAUCGAUUGAGGAACCAUGGAGGCUUAUGCACAAAUGAUAACAAGGCACAAAACGAGCAGGACCGACCUCCCUUCAGAGCCGAGGUUGAACUCAGCUAGUAGCCGAAAAGAGACCAUCAUAUUCUGGUAAUUGCAGAAAACAUAUGGUUUUGCACUGAGAGAAGUUACCAUACAUGAAGACCGUUUAUGUUUGGUACAAGAGGCUCUGAUUACCCCCCGUAGCAUAGUGGCUAGCUUUAAAUCAUGAUGCUGGGGGUGUGCCCGUUCGAUAACACUCAAAAGUCGUGAAUUUUACUUAGCGCAAAACAAUGGCACACCAGCUCUGAGAGUUUUUUUUUCUUUCAAUAUAUACCAAAGUUAUUGGCUUUUUUUGCAUACAAUCCCAAUGUAUAUUAGUAUGUAUGUUAUGCUCCCAUGGGGGCAACACAGUAUUCUUACUCCUUUGGUAAAAGAGCAAUUUAGGAGUAUGUUUCUAAUAGUGCUUCCGAGCAUAGUGUACAUUUACUGCCUCGUUUAGAAGAAUUAUUAGGGAGAAUUUUUUCAA